AAGAUAUCUUGAUAUCAGCCUGGGGGGCAAGGAAAACUUCAUUUGGUGAAUUUAAAUGAGAUGCGUCUUUCGACACUUCCUCCUACUCCGAUUAUUCGAGCCUGAACUACUAUUGUUGCUAAAAAUCCCCCUGGAUCCACUAUAAGAAGAGACAGCAUGGAGGCACACAGACACACACCUUGGAUUCAUCCCCGGAAUACAGGUGAACGCACAGACGACCACAAUGAUGACAAGCUUGCUCUACUUCUCGCUCGGUCUCCUGGUCGGCCUUGCGGCCAACCCUGCGCUCAUCUUGUCGCUGGUCAACAACUGCAGCGUCAGCGUCCACAUGCCGGAGCUACGAAGAUAUUACUCCGAAAUACGCACGAAAGCGAUUCGAGAAGACACAGAGAUUGGAGUGAGGAUUCUGAGCAGAAUGGCAAUGAGAGACGUUCAGAAUGAUCAGACAUGCUGCUUCCUGCGCCUGCUCCUACGCUUCUAUGUGGAGAGGGUGUUCCGCAACUUUGCCUGCGAUCAGCCACAGGAGCAACGCAGCUCCAGUGCCCUGGCCAAUGCUUUUGUGGCCAUGAAACGGAAUAUCAACAAAUGUCACUGCCUCUGCAACGAGGGGACGCACAAAGCAAUCGAGUCUCUGGAAACGCACUUUACCGAGCUGUCCACCGACAAGGCGGCGAAGAAGGCCGUCGCGGAGUUGGAUACACUACUGGAUUGGCUGGACGAAGUGGACCAGGCAUCUCACUCAGUGAUGAUGUGA